UUUUUCAAUUUUCGUUCCCGCACAAACACCACCGCCGCCAUUCCCGCCCGCCUCCUUCCCGCCCGCUACCCUCCUGAAAAGAAGUACUGUCGUCUUCGAUCUACUUGAGGCUACCUUCGUCCAUGAGCUGUAUGUCAUUGGCGUAUCCAUGCGCCGCCUUGCAACCUGUUGCGGCGGCGGUCCAACAGGCCUUUGCACGUGGUGUCCGCCCGAUCUUGCUUGACGACGGAACAGGCGGGGUGUAUGCGUGUCGGUCACUGCAACAGCGACUUGUUGGGAUAUUCAAACCUUGUGACGAAGAGCCUGGAGCUCCCUUCAACCCCAAAGCGAAUGGAAACAUCGUUCGACAGGGCAUUCCGCUGGGACAAAUGGCAGUGCGAGAAUGCAUGGCCUUUUUCGCGGAUGUAGACGCGUUUGCGCGUGUUCCACCCACGGCGUUGGCGUUUAGUAAACACGAGGAGUUCAAUUCAGGCGCGAAGAAACUUGGUUCCUUCCAAGCGUACUGUCCCCACGACUGCAGUGCGGAAGACAUGGGGCCGUCGUCGUUUGCUGUCGAUGACGUGCAUGCAAUUGCGUGUUUGGACAUUCGCCUUUUCAACCAAGACCGACACGCUGGCAAUCUUCUCGUCCAGCGCUCCACCAGUGCAGGCGAACCAUCCCAACUGACUCUAGUCCCAAUCGACCACGGAUGUUGUUUGCCAGAAUUGGAGCACAUGGACGAAACCACGUUCGCAUGGAUGCAGUGGCCCCAGGCAAAUCUCCCGUUCAGCGCCAAAAUCAAGGCGUACGUGGCAUCGUUGGACUCGUUUGCGCAAGAGGAGGCCAUGAAGCAAUCCAUUCGACCUCCUGUCAAGGCCUUGGCGACGUUGCAUGUUGGCACGUUGUUGUUGAAGAAGUGCGUGGCGAUGGGGCUGACUGCAUUCGAAAUGGGGCAGCUGCUCGUGCGCUCGUCUCUGGCUAUGCCGUCUCCUAUGGAAUGCCUCGUGGCCCAGCUCAAGCACUUGGACCCAUACAGACACAUUCACCUGUAUCUCCGUGUGUUUGAAGUCGCUUUGGACAAGUUGGUGCGUCGCAUGUUCCCCCGCACCACCAACGUUGUAUGUGCUGACAAUGGCUGGACGAUCCAACAGCCAACUCAGCAAGAAUUCGCGGCGCGGAAAUCCUAUGCCAAGGUCUUGUUGUCGUCCGCUGCCUAAGUCGAUAUGUACUGCGAGGACAUCUCGUGGAUUUAGUUGCACAGUCGUAUAGUUAACGUCGAGGCAUCGAGUAUCGCAGUUGCAUGGUGGUAAAGUUUGGUUUUCCAACUGGACAAUACAUUUUCACUAAAGAUCUUUGCUACAUACAUGUAUAGUACUACAGUACGU